UCGUACGUCAGGAGGAUACUUUUUGUGUCUUGAAGCAGAAAAUUAUUAAACAUUUCGUUUCGACAUCCAUCAACCGUUCAAGAGUCGAAUUGAGGAGUUGCGGACUUCAAUGUGUCAAUAUUUCCUAUGUUUAUGUGUAGUGCGGAAUUUUUCGAAAAUUCGAUUUGUUUAAACUAUAUUCGCAUAAAGUGAUUAAAUUAAUAUAGAAGUUAGAACAGAUCUGUGCCGUACAUAGUAUAUAUAAUUGGACGUUUGUGUCCUGCGAUUGUUGUGCGAAAAAAAUAUUUAUGAGUUACGAAAGUAUUCGACCUUUUUCGUGUUUCAAUGGAUUUGGCAACAAACGACGCCGGUAGUCAAAAAAUGUAUACAUUUAAUUUUAUUUGAUGAACAAUACAGAAUUGAACAUCGGCUGUGAGCUUGCUGGUGACCCCUUCAUUCCUAAUACCUAUACCUUUAAUUAGCAUUCCAUUAUUAAUAUAUAACAUUAAAAUACACUGCCAGUCAUAAUAUAAUAAAAUUAUAUUUCGUAUAAAAUCCCAAAUUCCAAGAAUACCAUUCCAUUAAAAAAGAAAAAAAAAAUACUUAAAAAUUUACAGUGUCUUUAACGGUGAUAAUAAAAAUAGAAGCAAUAUUUUAACUGUUUUAUCUCGCUUUAGUCUAAAAAUUAAAAAAAAAAAUCACUAUUUAAAUAAUAGAUAAUUAUAUUAAAUUAUUAUAAAUAAAUAAAUAUAUGUAUAUAUAAUAUUAUUAUAAAUAUAUCACAUUGCACUAAUUCCAUAUAUAAUAAAACUUUUAUUAUUUUAUUGAUUCGCUAUUUGCCUGUUUGCGUGUUUCGUCGACGUAACGUUUUUGUGUAAAAUGAUCGGUUAAUAUAUCCACUAUGAGUUCAUCCCCAGCCAUCGAGGCUACCCCUACCGCAACCCCUACCGCUACCCCAUCCUCACCCGCGUUGAAGGCGCCCGACUACCACUUCCAGACGUCAACGCCGAAUUAUUACAAGAAACAACAUCAGCCCCUGAGCGUGGUCUUAUCAGCAACAGCUCCAUCGACGCCCCCUACUUACGGAGAGCCGACGCUCACGCCGCCCCCGCGGUCCCCAGGCGCCCCGCUAGCGACUCCGGCCUCUGGUGACGGGAGGGCUCACCCUCCAGACGGAACAUCCUCAGAUAAGUCGUCAGAAACAGCAGUGGGGGGAGUAUCGCGCACGGCAAGCACAGCGCUCUCGCGUAAAGAGAGUUACAAGGCUCAGAGGCAGCACUACAGGAAGGAGAAGAAGAGAGCCGCCUCCGCCCUCCUGCACUCCAUAGAGGAUCCAUCGGUCGUUGUGCUCUCUGAUUGGUUGAAGGUUCGUGGAUCGCUGAAGUCAUGGACGAAAUUGUGGUGCGUCUUGAAGCCUGGUCUGUUGCUGCUCUACAAGAGCCCCAAAGCUAAAAGAAGUCACUGGGUUGGAACUGUUCUGCUGACGUCCUGUCAGGUUAUAGAGAGACCUAGUAAGAAGGACGGCUUCUGUUUCAAACUUUACCAUCCCCUUGAACAGAGCAUCUGGGCUCCGAGGGGUCCUCAUAAUGAAACUAUAGGUGCCGUGGUCCAGCCCCUACCCACGGCGCAUCUCAUCUUCAGAGCGCCCUCCCAAGCAGCUGGUCACUGUUGGUUGGAUGGACUGGAACUCGCGUUGAGAUGCAGCAAUGCUAUGCUCAGAUGUUCCCGGUCGAAACCGGAACAGGCCGUCGAAGAUGCUCCCGCUUCACAGACGAACAUCUCCCACGAGGAGCUGGAGAAGCAUUUCAAUGAACAUGAAUUAGCAGGUGCAGCGUCAGACACGGACAGCGAGGGUUCGAGACCAGGGAUGCAAGACAGCCAGAAUACUGACGACCAGGGGCUCAAGAAGGAAGACAUCAUCGCCAGGAUAGAGAGCUUCUACGUUGAAGAUCCGGAUAUUGAAAUUGGAGUGGCAGGUGAGCUGGUUGAAGAGGUAGCCGAGGAAAACAAAUCGUUACUAUGGUUUCUCUUGAAGCAAGUGAGACCCGGAAUGGAUCUGUCGAAAGUGGUUCUCCCGACGUUCAUUUUGGAACCCAGAUCCUUCCUCGAUAAGCUAUCUGAUAAUUAUUAUCACGCGGACUUGUUGGCACAAGCGCAAUCCUUAGAAGAUCCAUACCAAAGAUUUAAAGGGGUACUAAGAUGGUAUCUGUCUGGGCUUUACCGGAAACCGAAAGGUUUGAAGAAGCCCUACAACCCAGUUCUGGGCGAGACGUUCAGGUGUUGCUGGCGACACAGGAACAACGAAACGUACACUUAUUAUGUUGCUGAACAGGUAUCCCACCACCCACCGGUCUCCGCUUUUUAUAUAUCCAACAGGAAGGAGGGUUUCGUCAUAGAGGGCAGUCUCCUGGCGAGGUCUAAGUUUUAUGGUAAUUCAACGUCGGCCAUUUUGGAAGGCUGCGCGCGGAUACAUCUCCUAAACUGGGGGGAGACGUACAUAACUACAGCUCCGUACGCGCAUUGCAAGGGUAUCGUGAUUGGAACGCUGAGCAUGGAACUCGGGGGCAAGAUACAUAUAAUUUGUCAGGAGACGGGAUACCAGGCGGACGUCGAGUUCAAAUUGAGGUCUUUCCUCGGCGGUGCUGAUCAGACGAACGCCAUAUCCGGUAGAAUAAAACGCGGGAAAGAUACCGUCGCGACGGUCGAAGGUUACUGGGAUGGAAAGAUCGACAUUAAGGAUAAGAAAACAGGGGAAGAAUCGAACCUUCUCGACGUUGCGAUAUUGAAGGAACAAAGGUUGCCGAGAUUUCUCGUUAAGAUAGACAGACAGCAGGAGUGGGAGUCGCAGAGACUCUGGAUUAAGGUCUCCGAGGCGAUUCAUAACGAAGACCAGGUUGUGGCUACAGAACAGAAGACAAUAAUAGAGGAGGCACAGCGUGCUAGGGCGAGAAGUCUUCUAGCGCCGUGGAUACCGAGACUGUUCCACCGGGACUCUAGAAGCAGUCCACCAGAAGGUAUAACAGACCAGUGCUGGAAAUAUAAUCAUUCGAACACGAGUCCAUGGCAACCAGAAGAAUUGAUUGAAUACGAAGAUGACUUCAUAAUAACGUCGAUCAAGAACAUACCGAUGCGAGGUCCGCCCGAAGCGAGGAUACGGGAACUGGCUCCGAGGACCGACUCGGACAGCCACGACGACCUGGCGAGAAGGUCGAAGACAUCCACACGAACAUUAAAACAGACUCUGUAUGCAAUCGACACGUCGUUACGCGAACAGAGCAUCGCGCUGGAGCGUUUGACGAAGAACGUAGAGUCGUUGACCGAGAGCCAGCGAGCCGCGACGUACCGACCGCAGAGCGUAGGCAGGGUCCCCACGUCGAGCCAUUCCUGGGACCUGUUCGGGGGCUUCGUGCUAGCGAUGGUGUUGCAAGCCUUGUUAAACUGGAUAUUCUACCAAAAAGACUGAGUGUUGCCACUUAAAAAUAAUAAUACAUCGACCAAAUUUAGUUUAUUGAACUGUCUUUCUGUCUGUCGUUUGAAUUGAAUUUAAUGCAUGCUUAAUAUUGCAACAUAACUAUGUUUAAAUAUUAUUAUUAUUAUUGAUAAUAUUUUCGUUUAAAUUGUCAUAACUUGGGGUAAGGCAGUCUAUUCCAAUAAAGGAACCUAGUACACUACAGAUACUUAAUUUUCAUAUGACACCCGGUUAGUUAAUACCGUAUUUUUUGUUUAAUAUUUAUAUAUAUAGGGUUACCAGAUGUCCUUUAAGCAACAUAGGAAAGUCCGGAUGCGCCAUAACACGUUCGGAAACGUAAACAAAAGUUAAAAAAGGGAUAUAUUUUUUAAAUUAAAUAUCAUUUAUUUGAUCGGUACAUGUUUCUGAGUUUGUUACAUGACAACAGUUUAUUUUUUAAUCUUAAACCGAACUGUCCGAGUUUUAACUGAACGUCUGGUAACCUUACGUACGAAUUAUAUUACAGAGCAAUAAAGUUUGAUCACAUAGUACGAAAUAUAUAUGUUACUGUAAAAGCUCGAACUACGGUAAAUCUUAAGAUUUUCCAGUAAAGCAUAAGAUUUACCGAUUAUGAAUGUCCGUAAAU